CUCUUUGUCUUCGUCUAUACAACCAUGUCGAUUUUCGGACUUCUCUUUUUUCUCAUGACGAUAGUCUCCAUUACUCUUACCUCCUCCCAACCUUCCCCGGGCUACUAUCCGAGUUCUAAUGUUCCCACCAUAGACUUCGACCAUGAAUAUCGAAAUCUUUGGGGCUCGCAACACCAAUCUCUUAAUCAAGGAGAGUUAACUGUCUGGCUCGAUCGAUAUUCAGGAAGUGGAUUCAAGUCAUUGACUUCUUACAACUCGGGUUACUUUGGGGCCAACAUCAAACUUCAUCCGGGUUAUACUGCUGGAAUUAUCACUUCACUAUAUUUGUCAAACGCUGAGGACUUCCCGGGGAAACACGACGAAAUAGAUAUUGAGUUUUUGGGGACGACCACCGAUAAGCCUUAUGUGUUGCAGACAAAUGUGUUCAUAAGGGGUAGUGGGGAUGUGAAUAUUAUUGGAAGAGAAAAUCAAAUUCAUCUUUGGUUUGAUCCUACUCAGGAUUUUCAUCAUUAUGCAAUCCUUUGGAAUCCUGAUGAAAUUAUAUUCUUUGUGGACGAUGUGCCCAUUAGAAGGUAUCCAAAGAAGGAUGAGUGGACAUUCCCAAACAGACCCUUAUGGGUGUACGGUUCUAUUUGGGACGCUUCAUCAUGGGCCACAGAACAUGGAAAAUACAAGGCGGAUUAUAAAUACGAACCUUUUUAUGGUAGGUAUCGUAACUUUAAAAUCGGUGGUUGCCCCGUUAAUGGGGCCGACUCAUGUCAUGCACCAUGGGGAACGCAAUCAGGCCCCAUUGGUUUGAGCCCGGAGCAAUAUUCAUCCUUGAAUUGGGUCCAAAGUAACUAUUUGGUGUACGAUUAUUGUCAUGAUCCGACCAAAGAUCGUAGUUUAAUACCGGAGUGCUAG